CAAUAUGUGAAUGAUGACGUAGUUGCUGUUAUUUAGCAAGAGCAUGCCACAUGAUGAUCGAAUGUGUAAACAAGACAGGGAAACAGCAGCUUUCCGGUAGCGUAUUUGAAGCUUCGGUAGCCUAGAGCUGCUUCUUAAACCUUUCCUUUGUUACUCCAUUCAUUCAAACAUCUCUUGACAAACUAUCAACUUGAUACCCACAACUUACAUACCUAUCUAUCUCUUCCAACUUCACAUCUAACAUCACCACUCACCUCUCACCUCACACGAGACGACCAAGUUGUGACAUAUACAGCUCCCAACACAAAUCGCCCAAUAUGACUAAAGGAGAAACCACCCAAGUCAAGGUCCACUACAAGGGCCAGGAAGACGACUUCAUCAUCUUCGUCGACGACAUCGAGACCUACAAGAAGUGGAAGAACGACAAAUCCGUUCCCAUGGCUCACUUCAUUUCCGCCUUCAAGAUCUUCGUGACACACAAGCAAGGAGCUCAGGGCCAGAUGGACGGAGCAUCCAAGAGUACACUCGAGAACGAGUUUGGUGUCUCUAACGAGGAAGAAGUCAUCAAGAAGAUACUAGAGGCCGGCACAAUUCAAGAGUCGGAGUUUCCCGAACGCCAAGGACCCAAGAACGACGCCCAGAGAGGCACCAUUGUCACUGGUCAGGUUUCCAGAUAAGAGUCGUAAUUCAACUCACCGGCAGCGCUCGGUGCAACCUGGUGCGCUGUUCUAUUGCACGGCGUCAAGCUAUCAACUAUCAAUUAGGAGAGCAGCGCUCAGGUGAGUUGGGGGUGUCAUUGGAUAAGUGUUACAAUGAUUUACCAACCAAGGCGGAUUUCGAAUGUAAUACUCGUGGAAUAGCUAGUUAUCAUCUACUAGCUAACGAGGAAUAUUAUGGCGAUGGAUCUGCAAGAUAGUCGUAGCUAGCGACAUAUGAAUUUUAAUGAAUGAAUUAAUCACAUAGUGAAGAUAAAUCUAGUUGUUAUUCUUUA